CAUUCUUGUGUGUUCGCUCCGUGUUUCCAUUAAUUAUCUCCCUUCUUUCUACUUUUGUUUUAAUAAUUACAACUCUUUACUAUUGAAGUUGCAUUACGUUGUUCAGUUAACCUUGACCACAAAAAACCAUCAAAAUUCAAAUGGCUGCAUGUAAAUCUUAAUUGUUCAUUUUCUCUUGAAAUUCACCGAGAUAAACAAAUGGUUGAAUAAUGUUAAACAGAUGUAAACAGUAACAGAAUGCUUUAUUUACAGAAUUAAAGGUACGAAACUGAUUUAUGUCAUGGUUCAUUCAAUCUUGUCUGUCAGAUGGAUUUAUCGAUAAUACCUUGUGUUCGACUGAACAUGUGGUUUAUCUCGAACAUUCAACAGAGAAAAUAAUAAUAUUUAACAGCCAAUGAAGAUUCAGAAAAGCUCGAAUUCGAUUUUUUGUCAAUCAUUAUGUCCUUACCGGCUACUAACAAGAACCGCACUACUCAAACUCUUGAAUUAAAGACUCGAAGAGCCCAUUCGGGACCACCUUCACUUAAAGGUCCAUACCAUUCUCUCUCGCCACAGAAUGUAAGUCAACCUAAAGGUGUCAAGGCUGGAAACAAUGGCAGUGUCAACAGUCAACAUUCCAGGAAAAGUGCCUGUUCGAUCUAGUUCGGUGGACCUUAAACUAUUUCAGACACAAGGCGGCUAGACAUUCUGUUGUCCCAUCUAGAAGGCGCUGCAAAGGCCCUGGUCCAAGGCCUAGGAUACUCCGGAAAAAACUAUUGUUUGGUAUUACAAGAGCUUAAAUCGACCUUUGGUCAUCCCAUCAAGGUUGCUAGAGCAUUAGUGGAAACAGUCACCUCUGGCCAAGCUGUCACAAACAGAGAUCCAACUGCACUACGUCAUUUCUACAUUGCUGUCAGAGACUGUAUUGCGGCACUCCAGCAAAUGAAUUACCUUUCUGACUUGUAUAGCAGUGAUACCCUCAUCAAGGCACUCAAACGUCUUCCUUCAGAUAAAGUUCAGAGCUGGAAUGAAUUUAGCAAGCAAAUUCUAAGAACAUGUGAGCCCAACCUACUUGACUUGAAAACAUGGCUGAGGGAACGGCUUGAUACAGAUCUAAAUCCAUAUGCGGUUUCUACUCAUCGGACAGAUGCUAGUAGUAUAGAUAAAUUCAACAAACAGAAAUUCUCUGGUCCACGUAGUUACUUACUUUUCAAGCAUAAAUCUCUAAAUACUAGAGGGUAUAACCAGGAGUAUAAACAUGAACAGCAAAGUAAAUCGUCACCUGCUCCUACGCAUAAAGAAAAUCCUAACCAACUUGUAUUCCAAAAACCAUGUCUUGUGUGCAAGGAAAACCAUAGCAUCUACAAAUGUCCUAUUUAUUACAAGUCUUUUCAAGAAAGACAAAAGGUCGUCAUUGACAAUCAACUUUGUCAUAAUUGUUUACGUUCAAAUCAUAAAACAGAAGCCUGUUCUUCAACAGUUCUGUGUCGAGAACCUAGCUGUCAAGGAAAACAUCAAACAUCCUUACAUCCUGUUGAUCCGGACCAAACUCACCUGGUACACAAGCUCAAUAUAUCAACGACACCUCAAGUGUGUUUCCAGAUUGUCAAAGUCUGUAUUCUUGGUAAAAAUUGUAGUACUAUUGAAACAUUUGCCCUGCAAGAUACAGCAAGUGAGAUUACUCUUGUAGAGAAACCAUUAGCUCAAAGACUUGGUAUUACUGGAAGACCAAAGCUUCUCACGAUUCAGACUAUCAGCGGAAAAACUACCCACAACAGUAGUCUGGUAUCAUUCUCAGUGCAGUCUGCCACUGAUUCUAAUGCAGAGAUCAUUAACAUUCCUGAGGCCUGGAUUGUUCCCACUGGUACCUUUCAUUGCCCACCUCAAGUACUCCUGCCUGAAUGGCAGCAUCUCUCAGACCUUGGUUUAUCGAAUGUCACUUCAUCAGAUAUUCAAAUCCUGAUAGGGGCCAACGUUCCUGAAGCACACAUACAAACAGACACAUUAGUUGGUGACAAGCAUCAGCCUAUUGGUAUCAAGACAAUCUUAGGUUGGUCUAUCAUGGGGGUGGCCAAGCCGGAUCAAACAAAUGUGAAGGUUUCAAUCAACUUACUAUGCAAGCAAGACACGUCUUCAUUAGAAACACUCGUAGAACAGUUUUGGAAAACUGAAUCAUUUGGUGUGGCACAUAAGUUUGAAACAUCUCUCUCCAUGGAGGAUAGAAAAUCUAUGCAUAUCCUAGAACAGUCAACAUGUCUUAUAAAUGGUCACUAUGAAGUGGGCAUGCUAUGGCGCAAUCCUGAAACCGUGCUUCCAAAUAACUACCAAGCAGCUGCUAGGAGAUUUCAACUUUUAGAACGAAGACUUACCAGGGAUAACCAUUUUCGAGAUAUGUACAGUGAAACCCUGAAUAGCUACAUCAAGAAUGGCUAUGCUCAGCGACUCACGAGUGACGAAGCCUGUGUGACUACACCUCUCACUUGGUACAUACCGCAUCAUGGUGUGACAAACCCAAACAAAUCAGGAAAAGUGAGGACUGUGUUUGAUGCUGCUGCUACUUACCGAGGCACUUCACUGAAUUCCAAUCUCAUGACUGGUCCUGACUUGUUGAACAAUCUAUUUGGCAUUCUUAUCCGCUUCAGACUCUAUAAAGUUGCAAUUGUUGCUGAUGUGGAAGGUAUGUUCCACCAAGUUCGAGUACCUGUCAGAGAUACUGACGCCCUUCGGUUCUUAUGGAAAGAAGAUAUCUUGCAACCUGGACCUCCAGAUGUUUAUAAAAUGAAAGUUCACAUAUUUGGUGCUGUCGAUUCACCAUCCUGUGCCAAUUAUGCAAUUAAACGUACAGCUAAGUACAACUGUAACCAGUUUAAUUCACUCGUCAUCGAAACAACUCUUAAAGACUUCUAUGUCGAUGACUUAUUAAAGUCUGUUGAAACUCCACCAGAAGCAGUUCAACUCUAUAAAGGCUUAACCAAGCUACUCGGUAACGGUGGCUUCCGACUUCACAAAUGGAUGUCAAACUCGUAUGAAGUCCUUGAUUCCAUUAUUGAAUCUUAGCGUGCUGUCAAAUGUCUAAACCUCGACUUAGAUGAUAUUCCAGUCCAACGAACACUUGGUCUAAAGUGGAAUGUACAGGAUGAUGUCUUCAUAUUUGAUCCUCAUGUCAAGCUCAUGCCUGCCACCAAGAGAGGAGUAAUCAGCAUUGUGAGUUCAAUAUUCGACCCAUGUGGCUUCCUUGCCCCAUUUACUUUCAGAGCUAAAUGUCUCAUCCAGGAGGUUUGGCGAACAGGAAUUCAAUGGGAUGACAAACUUAAAACAGAUCUUGAAGUAAAAUGGAAUGCAUGGCUUAAGGAACUGGAUGAACUUAAGAGAUUUCAAUUACCACGUCACCACAUUGGUUUUACUAAAGCAGCUACCGAUAUCGAAGUCCAUUUAUUUGCCGAUGCUUCUGAAAAAGGAUUUGGUAGUGUUGCUUACCUGAAAUACUUACCUGAUACAGGAAAUGGUACUUGUUCCUUUGUGGCUGCCAAAACUCGAGUUGCACUGAUCAAGCCUCAACUUUCUAUACCUUGCCUUGAGCUCCAAGCAACUGUAUUAGCAGUUAGACUAUGGAACUGCUUAAAAGAAGAAUUACCUGUGCUAGUGAAACAUGUUUACUUUUGGACAGAUUCAAUGACAGUCAUUCAAUACAUAAAUAAUCAGACCAGAAGAUUUAAACCAUUUGUGUCUAACAGAAUUGCUGAGAUUCUAGACAGUACCAACUCAAGUCAAUGGUACCAUGUCUCAUCAGACCAAAAUCCCGCUGACUACUGUUCUAGAGGGUUACCAGCUUCUAAGUUAACGGUUAAACACAGUUGGUUUACGGGUCCUUCAUUUCUAUAUAGUGACAAAGAAUCAUGGCCUGUUCAACCAGCGAACAAUCAAGAUGUUGAUGGUACAGAUCCUGAAAUCAAAAUAUCCUGCUUUGUAAAGACAAACAGUGGAACCAACCAGGAGUUCCCUCUAUCUUCACUCAAGAUCAGAUAUCUCAUGUCACCGGAGAGAUUUUCCACAUGGCAACGGCUCCUACGCCAUACAGCAUGGCUUCUCCGUGCACUUAGAAACUUCUUGGUUCCUGUAAAGAGACUACAACUUACCUCUUUAACCUCAUCACAUCUUCUGCCAGAGGAAUACGAAAGUGCCUUACUUCAUUGGACGAAACAAGCUCAAGAGGAUGGUUUCCCAGCAGAAAUUGGCUGUCUCAACAAACACAAAGACUUGCCUGCUGGUAGCACUCUUCUUCCUCUGACACCUAGCUAUGAUGAGCACCACCUCCGUCUUCAAGGAAGACUACGAAAGGGUAACGUUCCACGUGAUACUUGGAAUCAGAUUAUCUUACCUAAAUCACACGUCAUCACUGAUUUGCUCCUUUUAGAUGCUCAUCUGAAGACCUUUCAUGGCGGUGUGGAGCAUAUGGUUGCACAGAUUAGAGAACGUUUUUGGCCCAUUUCAGUCAGACAAACGGCUAAGAAGAUCAUUCGUCAGUGUUUCCUCUGUAAGAAACGGCGAGCCUCACCAAAGGUACCAAGAAUGGCAGACCUUCCAAGGCAGGGGUUGACUACUUUGGCCCCAUGUAUUCAACAGUUGGUCGUAGAACAGUAAAGCGAUGGGGUUGUUUGUUCACCUGCAUGUGUACAAGGGCCAUACAUCUUGAAUUGGCAGAAUCAUUGGAGACCGACGACUUCAUCCUCGUCUUUCGUAACUUCAUAGGCAGACGAGGUCACCCGAAGCACAUAUACAGCGAUAAUGAGACAAACUUUGUAGGCGCCAACAACGAGUUAAAGGAAGCCUUGCAAGAUCUUAAUCAACGCAUUGGAGAGUACCUAGCUCCUCAAGGAAUUGAGUGGCACUUCAACCCCCCUCUCAGCCCGCACUUUGGUGGUGCCUGGGAGAGGUUAGUCCGCUCCACUAAGGCUGCUCUUUAUACAGUAAUAGGCACCAAUCCGGUUCCUGAUGUUGUCCUUCGAACCGUCCUGAUCGAAGUGGAAGCAGCUUUAAACAGUAGACCUCUCACCUACAACAGUUCCGACCGAAACGAUUUUACCGCAUUGACUCCUAAUUACUUCUUGAUAGGCAGAGCGGAUUACAGCACUUCACCAAGUCACGUAGAAGACAAGGAAGUCAACAGCAGACGACGCUGGAGACGGGUUCAAUUAAUUGCCAAUCAUGUCGUAAAUCGAUUCCGCAAAGAAUAUUUACCUAGCCUAAGUUUACGGAACAAAUGGAAAGUCGACAAUCCUCCGCUUAAAGUGAAUGACCUUGUACUUCUCAUUGAUGAUGCUUUGCCAAGAGGAUCAGCCAAAGUAAAGACUCCAAGGGGAACCUUUGUCCGCCCUACAGCAAGGAUCUGUUUGCUCGAGGAAGAUACCCAGAGUCAAGCUGAAGAUGCACAGAAUACCUAAAGACUUUAUCGGACUUUAAGUGACUCCGUCAGGGGGGUGGCAGUUUUCAUGCCUUAAAAGACAUUAUAGUGUGUUCGCUCUGUGUUUCCAUUAAUUAUCUCCCUUCUUUCUACUUUUGUUUUAAUAAUUACAACUCUUUACUAUUGAAGUUGCAUUACGUUGUUCAGUUGGCCUUGACCACAAAAAACCAUCAAAAUUCAAAUGGCUGCAUGUAAAUCUUAAUUGUUCAUUUUCUCUUGAAAUUCACCGAGAUAAACAAAUGGUUGAAUAAUGUUAAACAGAUGUAAACAGUAACAGAAUGCUUUAUUUACAGAAUUAAAGAUCUUUACCAGAAGAGCAACUCAACACUUCAGUAAUAGAUAAUCAUGAAUUGACAUAUGAAAUAGUAGAGAAUGGGACUAAGAGAGGAAAAGCGAAAUUGGUGACCUCUGAUGGAUUUUCCUUCACAGUAAAGAGAUCAUCACGUACUUCUACAACCUGGGUUUGUUCCAGGAAGAGUAAAAGUUUACCGUGUACAGCCACAGUCAUGCAACGAGGGACAGAUUUUAUACCAAGUGGCAACCACAUCCAUGAUUGUGAUCCCAGGAUUAUGAAAGUUACCUUUUCUACCCGCCGACCACAUGCUAGCCGCCUUCGACAAGUUGUGUCUGAUGGCAAACACGGACCCUUUACGGGAACUCGUUUCGUAUAUCCGACAAACCUGGUUCGAGUCCUCCAUCUAUUCUCUAAAUAAUAUCAGCAUUUUCAUUAUGGCUUUCCGAACAAAUAAUGAUUGUGAAGGAUGGCAAAGGCGUCUAAAUUCAAGGUGUAUGGGAGCGGGUCUCAGUUUUUAUGUUGUACUACCAAUUUUGAAUUAAGAAGGAGAAUUAAUAGAUAUGCAGUGGACAAUGGUUGAGGAAGGGGUGAAUUUUAGAAUUUGUAGGAAAAAAUAUUGUAAAAUAAACACUAAAAUAUUUGAAGCCUGGGGGAAAUACAAUGAUAGAUCAAUCACAACGAGUAGUUUUUUAAAACUAGCCGGUAACUUGUACUAAAAUUUAUGUACAAAUUUAAUGAAAUAGU